AUGUCAGCGAUAGGCAAGCCAAUGCGAAAGAAAUGGGCUGUUCAGAAUGCUGCUCCUCCGUUUUGCAGAGAUCGCCUCACCACACAGGGAGGGGAUGAAUCGAGGGCCACCAGCGAAGUAAGAAUAGGACAGACCAGCUCCCAACAUCGAUCUUCCGUCUGUGGUCUGAUCUCAGGCUGCUGGCCAGGACUGCGUCGCAUCAAGGCCACAGGCAGAGUGGACGAAAGUGCAGGCCAACAUGAAGGGAGGUGCGAAGAGAGUGCGUAUUGGAGGGGGAAUCCCUGCAGAACCACACUGUUGGGACCGGCCGCAGCCAGUCGAUUAAGUGGAGCCGGCGGUGAAGGUUACGUUGUGGUGUUUCAAGGGACGCGCCGGAGCCUGGGGGCCCUUGUUAGCGGUGGUUCAGGGUGGGAGGGCCUGGCGAACAGCUCCGGCCACUUAGGGUUGGGGGGUCCGUCUGCCGCGCGACUAGCCUGA